AUGCUGAAAUGUAACAGGUAUUUAUUUGUUCUAUUAAAUGCAAUACCGAGAUAUACUUCAUUUUUGAGCAGUCGUAAUUUUUCCAUAUUAGAAAGAUAUAUAAGAGCAAAGCCGCUAUCGAAUGAAUUAAAAAUAAAUGAAGUGAAUUUAAAUGAAGAAGAGAAAAAUAGCAAUAUAAAAAGAGAUAGUAAAUAUUACCCCCCUAAUAUAACCAGAGGAGUAAUACCCAAAAGUGCUUAUAUGAACACAUGGGUUAUUCCAGACCAACCAAAAAAUCCGAAAUUUCUAAAAAUCGCACUAAUUGGUGCACCUAAUGCUGGAAAGAGCUCUUUAUUAAAUUCCAUUUUGAAUAAAACGAUUUCUGCAGUUUCGCCCAAAAUUAAUACAACCAAACAGGAUAUAAAAGGUAUCUAUACAAAAGACAAUGUUCAGUUAAUAUUUAUUGAUUCUCCUGGUAUCAUUCCAUCGCACAAGAAAAAAAAAUUUUGUAAAGAAUUAGUAAGUUAUGCAUGGAAAGGCUAUGAAGAGGCAGACUUGGUUUUAUUUAUCGUGGAUACGGUGAAAAGACCAACACACGAUGUUCUAAAUAUAGUACGAAUGUUAGCACCCAAAAAGGUUGAAGCAUACAGCAGUGAGAGUGAAGAUGAUAAUGAAGAAGAAGGACAGCAAUACAAAGUGUCUCUUAAUAACAAGGAAGAAGAGAAUUUUAAUGCACCUAAUGAAAAUAAUAAUCUAGGUAAACAUUACGAAUGGGCGGAAAAAGAACAAAAUGAUAUGGAUGACUAUACUCAAAAGAGAAAUCCUUAUAAAGAUACAAAAGAAAAUGUGGAAAAGUUUGUAGAUUACUUUUCGGCUGAAAUGGAAAAAGAAGACAAGUAUAGCGAUAAAAGUGUUAAGCAAAAUUUAUUUGAAAAUAGAAAAAAAAUUAUUGAAUCGUAUCAAAAUGACUCAAAAAAUAAGGACAUGACAAUUGAUGAAAACAAAAAAAUAGUUCCACCCGUAAUAUUGGUUUUAAAUAAAGUAGACUUAUGCACACACAAUAAAUGGGCCAAUGCAAGAGCCAAAGAAUUUAUGAGCAGUGGAAAUUUCGACAAUAUAUUUUUCAUAUCUGCAAAAUACAACAAAGGAGUGGUAGAACUACUCGAAUAUAUAUCAAAGUUUAAAGCAAAAAAUCAAUUUUGGGUAUAUCCCAAGGACACAAGCACAACUUUAACCAAAGUACAAAUUGUUGAACAAUUAAUAAAUACCUAUUUAUAUUGCUGGUUUAAUAAGGAUGUGCCUUACAAAAUUAAGCAUCAUAUGCUAUCCUGGUGUGUAAAUUUAAAUAAUUCUCUAAUAAUUGAAUAUCAAAUUGUUGUGAAAAGUCAAAAGGUGGCUAAAAUGAUAUGUGGUGUUCAUAACAAGCUUAUAAUUAACAUGAGAAAAAAUGUGUCUUAUAAAUUAACAAAAUUGUGGGACCAAAAUGUAUAUGUGCAUAUUCAUGUGAAAUCUGUUAACACUUAA